AUGAUUCAAGAUCCAGACUUGGCAAAGCAUCUUACAGUGAAGGAGUUUAGUCAUUUUACUGACCAUCACCUACAAUCGUCUCCUGAAUAUGAUCCAAUCCUUAAGCAAUCACUCUUCUUCUCGAAUGGUGAAAUAUGGAAAAAGAAACGUUCAAUGAUCACCCCAAGUCAGACGAGUAGCAAAGUACGUCUUAUGUUUGAUUCAAUCAAUGAUAUUUGUCAUCAAGUUGUGGACUUCUUAAAGGCUGAAAGUAUAGAGACAAACCCCAAAGCAUACGAAAUUGGAGAUCUAUUUGCAAGAUCAUUAAUAGAUAUUCUUGGUGCUUGUGUUUUUGGCAUUAAAGUUGAUUCCUUCAAGGAGAGCAACAACACGUACUACAAAAAUGCCAAAGAAAUCUCCUGUCUUGCCUCUCUGGGAUUCAAUGUGAGAAUGAUCGGAGGGCUAGAAGCUACCACUUCUGUGAUUAAUUUUCUAGCUUACGAACUUGAAAAGAAUCCACUUAUUCAGGAAAAAUUAUUUGAAGAAAUUCAAACUUUCCGAGAGGAAAUCAAAGAAGAAAAACUUUGCUAUGAGACAUUGAUGAAGAUGAAGUAUUUGGACAUGGUUGUGUCCGAAGGACUGAGAAAAUGGCCAUCAUUUGCUUACCACGAUCGUAUUUGUACCAAAGACUACACAAUGGAGUAUGAAACAGGAAAAACCUAUACAUUCCACAAAGGAGAUGUUAUUUGGAUUCCUUUUGUGGAUUAUCACAGAAAUCCAAAAUAUUUUCUUCAUCCGGAAAAUUUUGAUCCAGAACGGUUUAGCCCAGGAAAUCAAGCUUCAAUUAAGUCCUCAGCUUAUCUUCCAUUUGGAAUGGGACCAAGGAGCUGUCUAGGUGAAAGAUUUACUUUGAUAAAGGUCAAAGCGCUAAUCUAUCAUCUUGUUGCAAAUUUCAACUUUGAACUAUCGAACAAAACUGAGGAUCCUCCAGUACUCAAAGCUUCAUUCGUUGGACUAAAGACAAGAUCGGGUAUUUGGAUUAAAUUCCGUCCCAGAGUACAUUAA